AUGAAGAUCAAGCCCAAAGUUCCAAACACAGUCGUAGUCAACACACUACUGACUGUAGUCUUCUUCCUCUUUGUUUCUCUCACAUUCCAAAUUGCAGAAGCCAAGAUUCAUCGUCACACUUUCGCGAUAGAGACAAAAGCGUACACUCGACUUUGUGAUACCAAGAAGAUAUUGACGGUGAACGGAGAAUUCCCCGGACCAACGUUAAAAGCCCACCGUGGAGAUAAGCUCGUCGUCAAUGUCAUCAACAACGCAAACUACAAUAUUACCCUCCACUGGCACGGAGCGAGACAAAUCAGGAAUCCGUGGUCUGACGGACCUGAAUAUGUGACUCAAUGUCCGAUCCGGCCAGGAGAGAGCUAUGUAUACAGAAUUGAUCUAACGGUCGAAGAAGGCACCAUUUGGUGGCACGCACAUACCCAAUGGGCACGUGCCACUGUCCAUGGAGCGUUUAUAGUCUACCCAAAACGUGGCUCGUCUUAUCCUUUUCCCAAGCCUCACCUUGAAAUCCCUCUCAUUUUAGGUGAAUGGUGGGCGAAGAAAAACAUAAUGGGUAUACCGGGAAACGCCAACAAAACCGGAGGUGAACCAGCCAUCUCUGAUGCGUAUACCAUAAACGGACAACCCGGUUAUCUAUACCCCUGCUCUAAACCGGAUACAUUCACAGUAACGGUGGUGCGUGGUCGCCAAUACCUUCUCCGGAUUAUCAACGCCGUGAUGGACGAAGAGCUCUUCUUUGCAAUCGCUAACCAUUCCUUAACCGUUGUCGCAAAAGAUGGUCUCUACUUAAAACCGUUCACAACUAAUUACCUAAUGAUCACUCCCGGCCAAUCCAUGGACGUCCUCCUCCAUGCAAACCAGCGGUCUGACCGGUACUUUUUAGCUGCUCGAGCUUACUCCUCCGCUUUUGGUGCCGGUUUUGACAAAACCACCACCACAGCCAUCUUACAAUACAAAGGUGUUUCUUUAACCGAUGAUGUAAACCAAAAUCCACCGGUUUUGCCUUAUUUGCCUCCGUACAAUCAUACCGAGGCAACCACUCGGUUCACUAAACAAUUUAGAAGCCUUCUAUCCGGUGACCGUCCGGUUAACGUCCCGGUUAAAAUCGACACUCGUCUUCUCUACGCGAUCUCGGUGAAUUUGCUGAAUUGCUCCGACGAUCAACCCUGUACCGGCCCUUUUGGGAAGAGAUUCUCGUCGAGCAUUAACAACAUCAGCUUCGUAAACCCUUCGAUCGACAUUCUCCGAGCUUAUUAUGGCCGCAUCGGAGGCGUUUUCCAGGAAGAUUUCCCGAGAAAUCCGCCGACGGAAUUCAACUACACCGGAGAGAAUCUUCCGUUUCCGACGAGGUUCGGGACGAAAGUGGUGGUACUCGAUUUCAAUUCGAGCGUCGAGCUGGUUUUGCAGGGUACGAACGUGUUGGCCUCGGAUAACCACCCGAUCCAUCUCCAUGGUUAUAGCUUCUAUGUCGUGGGUUCGGGUUUUGGGAAUUUCGAUCGCCGGAAAGAUCCGUUGAGGUACAACCUAGUUGAUCCACCGGAGGAGACCACCGUCGGAGUUCCCCGUAACGGUUGGACCGCCGUCAGAUUCAUAGCUAAUAAUCCAGGGGUAUGGUUGUUGCAUUGUCAUAUAGAGAGACAUGCCACAUGGGGAAUGAACACAGUGUUCAUAGUGAAAGAUGGACCGACGGAAUCAUCUCGAAUGCUCAAGCCUCCUCCCGAUCUACCUUCCUGUUAG